AUGUCUACGCUCGACCAGUUGAAGAGUCAGAAUGAGGCGCUGCAAGCAGGUGUGGCCAAGGUAGCCGCCGGAGCGGGAAAAACCUCCAAUACUCCGAAACCAUCGACAAACACACCUUCCAAAGGGGCCAAGGUCUCGACUGGCACCAAGAAGCCAGUCUCGCCAGCUACAGCUAAGACUGUCACUUUCUCGAAGGACGCUGGUGCCACGAAGACAACGGCCAAUGCUGCCCCGAAAAAGAUUUCUAGCGGUCAUACGCCGAUAGGCUCCAAGAAACCCAUUCCCCCGGCAGCGGCUAAGACAACAGCAUCCAAAUCUCCUACUUCAGCCUCGGCUACAAACCCAACUAAGAUCAGCCCUGCGUCAAAGCCACCGCCUGUUUCCGCAGCCAAGGCCACUACGGCCAAGCCCUCUACAACUCCCAACACGCCUGGCAAGGCUACUUCCACACAGGCGCCAAAACUUGCCUCUAAAACUACAUCAACCGCGACACCAAAGCCCAAAACGGCCACCCCGGUGAAAAAAACACCCACUACUACGGGUUCAAGUGCUGCACCAACCACCACUCCGAGCAGCACGGCCGUCACACCUCAGGCUAAAAAGAAGCCGGUCAAGAUUGAGCGGCGCCAGCCUACCACUGCUAUCGGCAAAGCUAGUAACCUAGCGACCGGAACUGUGAAUGGUGCCGUCAACACCGCGACCUCAGCAGUCAAUAGCACCACCGGAGCCGCGCUCGGGGGUACUAAUGCUGUCGUAUCUGGCGCCACCGGUACCGUUGGUAAGGCAGCUGACCGACUGCCUCAAGGCGUGGGCAAGCCUGUUGGCCAGAUCACCACUGGAGCUGGCAAAACAGUGAAGGGGACAACGUCCGGGUUGAACAAGACGCUGAGCUCUACGACAAAGGGUUUGGGAAAAAGCGUCACUAACACGACGGAGGGCAUUGGCAAUGCCGACAUCAGUGCAACUGCUGGGGGGCUCACGGAGGGGGUAGGCGGGACGGUGAGUGGCGCGGGGAGAGGGCUCGGUGAUACGGUCGAGGGGGCUGUCGGUGGGCUGGGGGGAACAGUAGGUGGGCCUGUUGGAGGUGUUGUUGGAGGGGUAGGAAAGGGCGUUGGAGAUGCCGUUGGAGGAAUUACUGGUGGUCUUGGAGAUGGCGUCGGAAAGUUGGGAAAAGGAGAUGUCAUCGGAGGGUUGGGAUCAACACUUGGUGGUGUUGGUAAAGGACUCGGGGGAUUAGUCGGAGGAAUUGCGGGAGGGAGAGGGGAGGAGUAAAGGUCCGUUUUCGUUUAGUUCUUGGG